GUACCCUGUGUAUAUAACUCCAUUGAUUGGAUCAAAUUCAAAGCUACCUUAGCUUUGAUUGCCAUAAAAGAGAUAGGAGGAUUAGAUUCUGAGAGCAUUGGGUUCCCAAUCAAAUUGGGUGCACCUAGUAGCUCUUGCCAGAUACCAUAUCUCUCCAAGUCGAUCUGAAGCCUCUUGGAUCGAUUGCAUUAGAGGCAAGUGAACUUGAUGCAAAGGAAGAGAUUCUUCAGGCCAGUGGCAUGCAGCUGGGAGAAGCUUGUGGCAUCAGGGAGGACACCAGUUGCUGCUGCUGCUUGGUGUUAUGAGGAAGAGUUGGAGUUGUUCUUGGAUUUGUCCACUUGAGGUUAUUGUUCAGAUAAGGAAGCUGUUCUUCUCGAGCAAGGGAAAGAUGGCGCCGUCAUCGCCGCCGGCGAUGAACAUGGGUUGCGCGAGGCAGGGACGUCUCCGGCAGCGCUACGAAGGAUGCUAUCGCCUUGUUUCUGGAUGCAUCCCUUACAUGAUCAAGGAGGAUGGAGAAAACAGCAGCUCCCAUGACGAUCACCAUGUGCUGGACAGGGUGCAGGUGCUCAUGAUCUCGACGCCGAAGCGAAGCGAUCUCAUCUUCCCAAAGGGUGGAUGGGAGGACGACGAGAGCAUCGACGAAGCUGCCUGCAGAGAGGCCUUCGAGGAAGCAGGCGUCAGGGGCGUUCUAAGUAGGACGCCACUGGGAGAAUGGAUCUUCAAGAGCAAGAGCAAGCAGAACAGCUGCGGCCUGGAAGGGGCCUGCAAGGGCUUCAUGUUCGCUCUCCAGGUGACAGAGCUUCUGGAGUCAUGGCCUGAGCAGACCACCCAUGGCAGGAGAUGGGUGCCGGUCGAGGAGGCGUACGGGCUCUGCAGGUAUGACUGGAUGCGAGAAGCCCUGGACAAGCUCAAGGAGCAGCUCCUGUGCGCCGGCGACGAUGGCCUCUGCGCCCCCUCGCCGUCUUUGGUGGAGAUGCCGGCGCCGGGCUCGUCGCCGCCGUCGUCAAGCCUGUACAUGGUGAUGCCGGCGGUGGCUGAAGGAGCUGUGGCGUUGUGCUGAUGUUCCUCUUCCUGGCUCCUGCUGCUGAUCAUGCAUCAUGAUGAUGAUGCUCCCUUGGAAGCAGAGAAACCUGAACUUGAACUUGCAUGAGGCAAAAAGUUUCAGAUGUUGAAUGGUGAUGGGUUCAGGCUCUUUCACCAAUGAGAUGUAUUUAUUCUGAAAUCACCAAAGUGAUGUCCAACCUAAUAACUGUUCUUUAGUGCUGAGAACUAGUGGGAAGAAAGUAGCUAACCCCAUCUUCUGGACUGAAUGCAAUUUUAACAUUGUGACAUGUUGAUCAAAGUUUGUUUGAGAAAUCUCUGGUGCCCCAAGAACAGAA